CGAGUUCAGCCGAUUGUGAGCGAUGCUAUAUCCGUGUAAACCUUAACUGAACGCUAGCUAUCGAGCUAAUACGUUACUGUUUUGGUGUUGUAUCUGUUGCCUUUUUUAUUCAUAUUAGCUGGACGACCAAAGAGUGUAACGUUUACAGAUCUCACAUAAUGGACAGUGAAUUGUCUGACAUUGAGCAUGCUCCAGGGCCUGAGAGCAGCAGUAUGGACGGGGAGAAUGCACCACUGUACUGUAUCUGCCGGAAACCAGACAUCAACUGCUUCAUGAUUGGAUGUGAUAACUGUAAUGAGUGGUUCCAUGGCCACUGCAUCAACAUCACUGAGAAGAAGGCGAAGGCAAUCCGGGAAUGGUAUUGCAUGAGAUGCAAAGAUAAAAACUCCUCUCUGGAAAUAAAGUAUAGAUCAAAGAAAAACCGAGAGAAGGAAGUUGAGUUUGACAGAGAAUCUGAUAGACAGUACAGCACCCCGAGUACUCCUGACUAUAAGAGUGAAAGGCGGCGAGGAUCUAAAGUGAAGCGUUCAGUCCGAAUGUGUGGGGAAUGUGAGCCCUGCAGAAGGACUGAGGACUGCGCUCAGUGUGACUUCUGCAAGGACAUGAAGAAGUUUGGAGGCCCCAACAAAAUCAGACAGAAGUGCAGGUUUAGGCAAUGUGAGGUCCGAGCCAGGGUGCAACAUGCUGCGGCUUCUUUUGCACAGAAAAUGCUGCGUGUGAAGGAUGAGGAAUUGUCUUUGCAAGAAAGGAGGGAGAAUUCCUACCACAGAAGGAGGCGAUACUCCGAGGACUACGACAGUGAGGCGGAUCUCUACCAGCAGUACAAGGCAGCGGGGAUGAACAAUAGCAUGGGAUGGAAUAGUGAUGAAGAUGAUGAACCGCCUUUCAGUCCCGUCAUGCGUAAGAAAGCUGUGAAGGUGAAGCACGUCAAGAGACGAGAAAAGAAGUUUGAUAAGAAAAAGGAGUCCCGACGACACAAACAGAAACAGAAACACAAAGACAGAACCCGAUCCAGUGAGAAGGGCGACCUCCGGGAUAACACCGGACAGCGUCAGUGUCUGGGGCCGAGCUGCGUGGAGGCAGCAAAAGCCAACUCCAAAUACUGCUCUGAGGACUGUGGCAUGAAGUUAGCCGCCAACCGUAUCUAUGAGAUCCUCCCUCAGCGUAUCCAGCAGUGGCAGCAGAGUCCCUGCAUCGCCGAGGAGCACGGCAAGAAGCAGCUGGAGCGCAUCCGUCGGGAUCAGCAGAACGCCCGGCUGCGCCUCACAGAGAUGGAGCGACGCUUCCACGAGCUGGAAGGCAUCAUCACCAAGGCCAAGCAGCAGGCGGUUCUCCAGGACGAGGAGAUUAAUGAAAAUGACAGCGAGGACACAGACCUGCAGAUUUUCUGUGUGUCUUGUAGUCAUCCCAUCAAUCCAAAAGUGGCGCUGAGACAUAUGGAGAGAUGUUACGCAAAGUAUGAGAGUCAGACUUCCUUUGGUUCCAUGUACCCUACAAGGAUAGAAGGAGCAACCAGACUCUUCUGUGACGUGUACAAUCCCCAAAGCAAAACGUAUUGUAAGAGGCUUCAGGUUUUAUGUCCAGAACAUUCCAGAGAUCCUAAGAUCCCAGUGGAUGAGGUGUGUGGGUGUCCUCUGGUGAAGAAUGUGUUUGAGCUGACUGGAGAUUACUGCAGGGUCGGCAAAAGAAAAUGCAACAAACAUUACAACUGGGAAAAGCUCAGGAGAGCAGAGGUGGACUUGGAGCGAGUCAGGGUGUGGUACAAGUUGGACGAGCUCUUUGAACAGGAGCGUAAUGUCAGGACUGCAAUGACCAACAGAGCUGGUCUGCUCGCUCUGAUGUUGCACCAAACUAUUCAGCACGACCCUGUCACGACCGAUCUCCGUAGCAACAAGGAUAGGUAGUCGCCCCGGUCUGUUCUCGGAUCACUGUACGUAAUGCGAGAUUUGAGUGUUAAGGAUUUAAACAAUGACUACCAUUUGGACGAAAAUUGAUUUUCUAACUAGAUAAUUAUUUUAAAAUCUUUGUAUCAUAAUUAACUGUAAGAGGUAAAUGGAUAUAUAUUUUUCCUGACUGUGGUAGAUGAACUGCUGCUGAUUGAAAACAGCUGUUUUUGGUAUGCCCAGAAUAAACACUGUGACUUAUCUGCUA